AUGAAACAGCUUGCUAGAAGAUAUGUAUAUUGGGAAGGUAUGGACAAAGACAUAGAAAGAUUAGUGAAAAGCUGUGAAGCUUGUGCUAAAGUUCGUCACAAUCCACCAAAAGUUCCGGUACAUCCUUGGGAUCAGCCUGAUGAUAACUGGGAAAGAGUGCAUAUUGAUUAUGCCGGUCCAUUGGAUGGAAAUUAUUUCCUCAUGUGUGUAGAUGCAAAAUCAAAGUGGGCAGAAGUUCGCAUUCUUCAAAAUACUCCUUCCUCAGCAACGACGAUGGCACUACUUGAAAACAUUUUCUCAGUCCAUGGGUACCCCUCGUUCUUGGUCUCGGACAAUUCCACUAUAUUCAAAAGUGAGGAAUUUAUCAACUACUGUAAAGAACGUGGGAUUUUCCAAAAAUUUACUGCUCCUAUUCAUCCUGCAACAAAUGGCCUGGCGGAACGAAACAUACAAACUUUAAAGAGAAGACUUAUUGCUGCUGCCGAUGAUCCAACCCCGAUUACCAAAAAGCUACAAAACAUUAUGUUCAGAUAUCGAGCAACACCUUUGGCAUCAGGCAAGACUCCAGCAGAGUUGUAUUUGAACAGGAAGAUUCGGAUUAGACUUUACACACUUCUCCCUAACCCAAAGGCCAAACUUCCAUCAAAAUCAAUUGCUCCUCUUCGUGUCCGCUCUCUUAAAGUGGGGGAGAGGGUUCAGGCAAGAGUUCACCUGGGAAAUAAAGACAUAUGGCAGUUUGGUACAGUCAAGAGAAAAUUAGGUCAAUACCAUUACAUUGUUGAAUUGGAUUCUGGACGAAGUUUAAAACGACACAUAAAUCAAUUGAUUUCGACUCUUGUAUCCAAGAAGAAAGUUACAUUUAAAACACACAACGAACAAGAUAGUUCUGGUGUUCCAAGACGGAUACCUAUUAUAGACUGUCAAGCACCACCACAAGAGAUCCACCCAGAGUCUGAAUCAAGUUCACACAAUCCAACAGAACUAGACGGUACUCUAAGGGAAGAAAAUCUAGACAUACCUCAAGCCACAGAACAAAAAGAAAACAAAUUAUCUCGUCCUUCCAGACAGCGCAAGGUUCCGUCCUAUCUUAAGGACUUUGCUCUCCAGUGA